AAAAUGAACUGCAUAAUUAUCUAGGAAACAAAAUCUUCACUAAAGGAAUUCAAAUAUAAAAUUUAGAAAGAUAAUUCAAGUGAAAACAUAUUUCAUGCAAUGCAUUCAACAUGUUAAAGUAAGGCUAUACAUUAUCUCUAGUAUAUUUUUAAAGAAGAAAAGGUUUAGAGGUUAUAAAUCAUGGCAGCUGAUGAAAAGAAAAUGCCGAGUGAAGCUGAGAAAAAGUUUAUUGAUGCCAUUGUCGGAGGAAAACUUGAGGAAGUCCAGACAUUAUUGAAAGAACCUACAAUUAAGAUAGACUUUACAGAUGAUACUGGUACCACACCUCUCCAGCAUGCAGCUUUUAGAGGAAAGACUGACAUAUGUCAGCUGUUGUUGGCCAAUGGUGCAGAUGUAAACUCCCGAUAUCAUGACAAUGGUUAUACAGCCCUUAUGUUUGCUGCAUUAUCAGGGAAUGCUGAGACAACAAGGUUGUUAUUAGAGGCUGGUGCUAGGACAGAUUAUACAAAUUCAGUUGGUAGGACAGCCACUCAGAUGGCAGCUUUUGUAGGUCAGCAUGAAUGCGUAUCUGUCAUCAACAACUACUUCUCUAAAGAUGAUUUGACACCAUACAUCAAGAUACAAGGAGUUGACACAGAACCAAGACUACCACAAGAACUUGUGGCUCCUCUUGCAAAAAUGGUCAAUUUUGCAAAUCUACAUCCAGUCAAACUCGCAUUUUACCUUCAAGAGAACUCAGGACUUUUAGAGAAUUGUAAGAAGGUUGUUCGUACAUUGGAGUCAUUAUGUGAAAAGUGUAUGAAAUCAAGAGACACAAAUCAUGUGAUGGCAAUGAAAACACACUACUUUUCAUUUGUCGUAUCAGAAGCUGGAAAAAUAUACAAAGAAAAGGGAAGUCUUGAUGAAUGGAUUAAACAGUUGAUUAAAGGAAGACAGUCUGAUGGAUUUUCUGUAAUGCAAGAGAAUUUGAUUAGAGAAUCUAUAAAGCAAUUUCUUUAUUCUGAUUGCCCAUUGUUUCAUCAGUGUGUUCGUAGUCUAGCACCUGUUAAAAUUGGAGAUGACCCAACAGCAUUAAAUGUCCUGUCACAAGUAAUUAAUGGACAAAGAUUCUUCAAUGAUGAUAAAACUUGUUCAACAUGUGGUGAAAUUAAAGCUGAGAAAAAAUGUUCUGCAUGUAAAAUGGUUAAUUACUGUAAUCAAACAUGUCAAAAACUUCACUGGUCUACACAUAAAAAGUUCUGCAAGAGUUUAGCAGAACAAUAUGUAAGAAUUGAAGAAAUGAAGAAAAAAGAAGAAGAACUUAAACAGAAAGAAGAAGAAUUGAAGAAACAUAAAGAAGACAUUGAAAAGAGGAAAGGAGAAAUUGAAACAUUAGUGGAACAAAAGGAAGAAAUAGAAAAACAAAUAGCGGAGCAGUAAAAUAACAGAAAAAUUACUUUUUGUUCAAUGGCAGUUGUAGGUUUAUCAUAUAAAGUUUAUACCGUUGUCCUUCUUUAUGUAUGCCAAAAUUAGGUUAGAAUUGUUAAGUGCUCUUCUCAGUAGCUUUUUCAAAUUUAAUCAUUGUAUAUAUCUAGUACAACAGUGAUAAACAAUAUACAAAUUUGACUAUUGAGAGUCAGUGAUAUUUCAUGGGUAUUUCAGGAAAGUAAAAUUAUUUUAAUAUUGAUUUAGUUUUUUUUAAAUAUCAGAAUAAAGGAUUGGUUUAUGGCCAUGAGUUCCUGAAUUCUUUAAUUCUGAUUCUGCAUGCAUUUGCCUUGACUUAAUUAUUAAUCACUUAAAAUCAGUGUUGUUUACCCUUUGUUGAAUAACUUAAUAAUUUGCAUUAAGCCAGUACCUUUUUUAUUUGAUUUUAUAUACAUUUUAUGGUAAAACUCAGUUCUAAAACAUUUAAAACAUAACACAUAAUGUACCAUAAUGGUCUGUAUGAAAUUCUCAUCACAUUUCCUUAGGAACUUAAAACAUUGCUUUCUAAAAUUUAGAAUCAAGCUUCAUGUGAUACAUUUUCAUAAUCAUUCCUCAUUAUGUAAACUAAUACUGGCAUAGAGGGCAUCACUAUUGAGUCACAGCUCACAGUUUAACUUGUUUAGUUUUGCUAUACAUUUAGGGUUAACAUUUUGUUUUAGCUUCUGUUUAUAGAAACAUUCGUUAUCAAAGAUUUCUACAUUGACAAAUUUGCAAUUUUGUAAUUUUCGUAAUAUUUGUUUGUUUUGUGUAUCAACAAAUACCUUAUGUUGUAUUUUCAGAUGGUAGUACAAAAAUGUAUAGUCAAUAUGAUUUGUUGUCAUAGAGAAAAAUAUCAUGGCACAUCAAUUGCUAAUCCAAAGAACUGAUUUUCAAUUUACUCUAGAGAAAUGCAAACCUACCAUGUUUUCUUUGAUUUAAUUGGAUAAGAAUCAUUUUGUAAAACUUAUAAAGUACAAUAUAAUUUUAUGUAUAUUUUGGGUUUUAUGCAAGAUUUAUAUGCAUUUAGAGGAGCAGUGUAAUUAGAAGCAUUAUUUGAUACUCAAAAUAGCAAAUUACAUCAAGACAGAUAAUAUAUUAUGUUUGUUUUGUUUUCAUGUGGAAGAAGUUAUUAAUGUAUGUAAAACAGACCUUGAUGUUACUUGAAAAAAACAAUGGUUGUAUUUUGUUUAGAAGAACAUUAAAUGAAUUAUAAUAAUUUAUGAUGUUUUUGAAUUGUUUGUUUUUGUUCAAAUUAAUUUGUUUUAUUAUAGAUUAUUUGUAUUUUGGAUUCUUAGAGACUUGCAUUGGCUAUAUACUUUUGAAAUUUUUAUGAAUGUAUUUAAUUGAUUUUUAUUUAAAAUUUCUCUGUUCAAACCCUUUCGAGUCUAUAAAUUUAAAUCCAAAAAAAAUCUGGAAUUCACUGUAACAUCUUAUGGGCUCUUCAAAGAUAUGUGGAUUUUUGUCUUAUUAUAAGAUAAAAAACUUAAUGCUAUCUAGCAGAGAUUUAUUUUGGUCUAUACAGAAGUGUUUAGUCAUUUUCUUAUCACAAAGACCAUAAUACAAAAUUUCAGAAACUUUUUUGGUCUAUUAUUAUUUGUACAAUUUUUAGUCAAAUUUGAUUUAAAGUUAAAGCAUUCCGUCCAGCAGUAAAGCUGAUCAUUUGAUGUAAAACAGUAAUUAUGUUGAUGUAAAGUAACAAUAAAGUUGAUGUAAUAUA